GCGGCUGACAGAUCGCCGCGGUGGGUGCAAGAUGGCGCAAGCGGCGCUCUCCGUGAUACCCGAUCCCCGCUAAAGCCGGCAUGCGGCCCCAGCCUCCAGCUGCCCGGGCUCGGCCCCGGCCCGAGCCCCGGCCCCGGCCCCGGCGCCGGCCCCGUGGGACGCUGUGAGCCCGUGAGAUCCCCCUCACCCCCCUGAGCAGCGCCGUGCGUCGCCGAGCCCAGCGGACCGAGAGACCGAUGGCUAAGCCGCGCACCGCGUCCCCGCGCCGCCUGCCCGCGCUGCGCCGGCCUCGGCUUCCGCCGCCCUUGCUGUCGCUGCCGCCGCUGCUGCUGCUGCUGCUGCUGCUGCUGCCGCUGCCUGCGCCAAGCCUGGGUCUGGGCCAUUCUGCUGAACUGGCAUUUUCUGUGGAGCCAAAUGAUGAUAUUGCAAACCCUGGGCAGCCCAUAGUGCUGGGCUGCAAAGCGGAGGGAACCCCUCCAGUGCAAGUCUCCUGGAGGAAAAAUGGAGCAGAGCUGCCUGAGGGCCCCCACACCACCCUGCUGGCCAACGGCUCCUUGCUGAUCCACCACUUCAGGCUGGAGCAGGGAGGUGGCCCUUCAGACGAAGGUGACUAUGAAUGUGUGGCUCAGAACCGCUUUGGGCUGCUGGUCAGUCGGAAGGCGCGUAUCCAGGCUGCAACUAUGUCCGACUUCCACGUACACCCCCAGGCCGUCAUGGGUGAGGAGGGUGGUGUGGCCCGAUUUCAGUGCCAAAUCCAUGGGCUUCCCAAGCCCCUGAUCACAUGGGAGAAGAACAGAGUCCCCAUCAACACAGACCAUGAGAGGUACACAUUACUGCCCAAGGGAGUCCUGCAGAUAACGGGACUUCGGACUGAGGAUAGUGGUGUCUUCCACUGUGUGGCCUCAAACAUUGCUAGUGUACGGGUCAGCCACGGGGCCAGGCUCACAGUGUCAGGCUCGGGCCCUGGGACCUACAAGGAGCCCACCAUCCUUGUGGGGCCUGAGAACCUCACCCUGACAGUGCACCAGACUGCCGUGCUGGAGUGUGUCGCCACGGGCAACCCGCGCCCCAUUGUGUCCUGGAGCCGCCUGGACGGCCGCCCCAUUGGGGUGGAGGGCAUCCAGGUACUGGGCACGGGAAACCUCAUCAUCUCAGAUGUGACCGUGCAGCAUUCAGGUGUCUACGUCUGUGCGGCCAACAGGCCUGGCACCCGAGUGAGGAGGACAGCCCAGGGACGGCUGGUGGUACAAGCCCCAGCAGAGUUUGUCCAGCAUCCUCAGUCCAUCUCCAGGCCAGCUGGGACCACAGCCAUGUUCACCUGCCAAGCUCAGGGUGAGCCACCACCUCAUGUCACAUGGCUGAAGAAUGGACAAGUGCUGGGGGCAGGUGGCCACGUCAGGCUCAAGAACAAUAACAGCACACUGAGCAUCUCUGGAGUCGGUCCUGAGGAUGAGGCCAUCUACCAAUGUGUGGCUGAGAACAUUGCUGGCUCAUCGCAAGCCAGCGCCAGGCUGACCGUGCUGUGGGCCGAGGGGUUACCAGGCCCCCCACGCAAUGUCCGUGCCGUCUCUGUGUCUUCCACUGAGGUUCGAGUGUCCUGGAGUGAGCCUCUGGCCCACACCAAGGAGAUCAUUGGCUAUGUCUUGCACAUCAGGAAGGCUGCCGACUCACCCAAGCUGGAGUACCAGGAAGCUGUCAGCAAGAGCACCUUUCAGCACCUGGUGAGAGACCUUGAGCCCUCCACUGCCUACAGCUUCUACAUCAAGGCCUACACGCCACGGGGGGCCAGUUUAGCCUCUGUCCCCACCCUGGCCAGCACCCUGGGUGAAGCCCCUGUGCCACCCCCGUUAUCUGUGCGGUUGUUGGGCAGCUCCUCUCUACAACUGCUGUGGAAGCCCUGGCCUCGGCUGGCCCAACACAAUGGGGGCUUCAAGCUGUUUUACCGCCCAGUCAGCGCAGCCUCCUUCACCGGCCCCAUCUUGCUCCCUGGAACUGUCUCAUCUUACAACCUCAGCCAGCUUGACCCCAGCACCGUGUAUGAGGUGAAGCUCCUCGCCUACAACCAGCAUGGAGACGGAAACGCCACGGUCCGAUUUGUGUCUUUGAAGGGAGCCUCUGAGAGGACAGCCCUGACUCCCCCUUGUGACUGCCGGAAGGAAGAGGUCACCAACCAUACGUCCACUACAGGCAUUGUUAUCGGCAUCCACAUCGGAGUCACCUGCAUCAUCUUCUGUGUCCUCUUUCUUCUGUUUGGCCAGAGGGGCAGGGUCCUCCUGUGUAAGGAUGUGGAAAACCAGCUCUCCCCUCCCCAGGGUCCCCGGAGCCAGAGGGACCCUGGUAUCCUGGCCCUAAAUGGAGUGAGCAGAGGAGCCGGGGGCCAGCUAGGCCGAGAUGAAAAGCACGUGGAGUUGGAACAGCUGUUCCCCACCGCUGGGGCAGCUGGGGCAGCUGGGGCAGCUGGGCAGCCGGGCUCCAGACCCACGGAUCCCGGAGCCCCUGCUCCAUGCGAGGAGACCCAGCUUUCCAUGGUGCAACUCCAAGGCUUCAACCUUGUGGCAGGGAGGACAACAGAAGCCACGUCCCCCUGUGCAGGGCCUGGGUCUAUCCCAGCACCCCAGGAUGUAGGCUCUGGGCUCCUCAGUGAAGGCCAGACUACCCAGCCUCCAGCAGUUGCAGCUCCGCAGUGAGCUCACUGGGGGCAAUAGCCAGCGUUGGUGUGUUCCCGACGGUGGUACCCCAUUCUCAGGUCAAAGGCGAGGUUUUUCCUGUUCCGUGGGAUCUGGAUGUCCUAGGAGCUCGCCAGUGAAGGACAGGGUUCCCAAACCACAGGGCCCAGUGGGUCCUACAAGCAAGGCCUCUCCCGGCUCCAGCUAAUGCCCCCUCACCACUGCCUGCUGCCUACAGGACUUAAGAAACAAACGUUUUCCUUUAAAACUCAAAAUUCAAAAGUCAACAAAGGAAGAGAAAAAAGAGAGGUGGGGGAAAAGUGAAUUAUACUCCAAAAAUAUGUCCCUGCUGCAACUCGGCCUGAUGCUGUCGCCCGCCCUGCUCUGACCCUGUUUUCUCAGGAUGGAUUUUAGCUGUUGUGACUCUCAGCACCUACCUCAGCCGGAAUGAAUGUCCUUGGGGGAUAGCGGGGCAGUAGCCUCAGCCUCAACCCCACUGAGCCCGAAAGCACUCCUACCUCAAGCCCCUUAAUGGGGACCCCUUCCACCUAUAUCAUUGCCCAGAGUAACAGAAA